GGGACGGGGUUUCGGGAGGGCUGCGGGCAGUCGUGCGUCCUGGAGGAGGCAGUGCCCCUUCUCCGCCGUUCUUCUCCGGCGUCUCGUUCCCCUGCUCUGGGCGUCGGGCACCGGCCGGGGAGGUGGCCCCUCCGCGAGUCGGAGCUCGCCCACGCCGGGGCGGGAGGACGAGGCCCCGGGGCAGCCGAACCGGGCAGCUGGGGAGGCGCAGAGCUCCGGGACCGCCUCCAGGGCGAGGGCGGGAGGCCGGUCCGGGCUCGGGAGCCGCGCUGGCUGUCGGAUCGCGGGACUCCUCGGGGCGCAGGGGUCCCCCGGCUCCCGGUUUUGUGUGGCUGCGACCCGGUUGUCAGGGCCGGCACCAGAGCCCGGCGUCCCUGGGGGCUGCGCCGGCUGCCUGCUAUGAAACCUGCGUGGUGGAACCCCAGGAUGCUUUCCCUGCAGGGCGCGUGGUGAGUGGGAGGUUUGGCUCUGGAGUGCCGGCAACCUGAGGACUCGCCGAGAACGGAGCCCAGCCCUGACUACAGAGAGCCCAGCGCACGAUGAACAGACUGAGCUUCCAUAACAACAGAGUCAUGCAGGACCGUCGCAGUGUGUGCAUCUUCCUCCCCGACGACAAGUCUCUGAACAUCAUCAUAAACGUUAAAAUUCUUUGUCACCAGUUGCUGGUCCAAGUUUGUGAUCUGCUUAGGCUAAAGGACUGUCACCUCUUUGGACUCAGCGUUAUACAAAAUAAUGAACAUGUGUAUAUGGAGUUGUCGCAAAAGCUUUAUAAGUAUUGUCCAAAAGAGUGGAAGAAAGAGGCCAGCAAGGUACGGCAAUACGAAGUCACUUGGGGGAUUGAUCAGUUUGGGCCUCCCAUGAUCAUUCACUUCCGCGUGCAGUACUACGUGGAGAACGGCAGGCUGAUCAGUGACAGAGCAGCAAGAUACUAUUAUUACUGGCACCUGAGGAAACAAGUGCUCCAUUCUCAGUGUGUGCUCCGGGAGGAGGCCUACUUCCUGCUGGCAGCCUUCGCCCUGCAGGCUGAUCUUGGGAACUUCAAAAGGGACAAGCACCGUGGGAAGUACUUUGAGCCCGAGGCUUACUUCCCAGCUUGGGUCGUGUCCAGGAGGGGGAAGGACUACAUCCUGAAGCACAUCCCCAACAUGCACAAGGAUCAGUUUGCACUGACGGCCUCCGAGGCGCAUCUCAAGUACAUCAAGGAGGCCGUGCGCCUGGACGACGUCGCUGUGCACCACUACAGAUUGUAUAAGGAUAAAAGGGAAAUUGAAGCUUCGCUCACCCUUGGGUUGACCAUGAGAGGAAUACAGAUUUUUCAGAAUUUAGAUGAAGAGAAGCAAUUACUUUAUGAUUUCCCCUGGACAAAUGUUGGAAAGUUGGUGUUUGUGGGUAAGAAAUUUGAGAUUUUGCCGGAUGGCUUGCCCUCUGCCAGGAAGCUCAUAUACUACACAGGGUGCCCCUCGCGCUCCAGACACCUCCUGCAGCUCCUGAGCAACAGCCACCGUCUCUAUAUGAACCUGCAGCCCGUCCUGCGCCACAUCCGGAAGCUGGAGGAGAGCGAAGAAAAGAAGCAGUACCGGGAAUCUUACAUCAGCGACAACCUCGACCUGGACAUGGACCCCCUGGAGAAGCGGGCACGGGCCAGCGGCAGCAGUGCGGGCAGCGUGCAGCACAAGCGCCUGUCGCGCCACUCCACCGCCAGCCACAGCAGCUCCCACACCUCGGGCAUCGAGGCCGACCCCAAGCCCCGGGACGCGGGGCCGGAGGACGGCUACUCUGGCAGCGCCGUGCACCGCAAGCUGAGGACCUGCAGCUCCAUGACCAGCCACGGCAGCUCCCACACCUCGGGGGUGGAGAGCGGCGGCAAGGACCGGCUGGAGGAGGACUCCCAGGACGACGAAAUAGAGAUGCUGGUGGAUGAUCCCCGGGACCUGGAGCAGAUGACUGAGGAGUCCCUGGAGGUCAGCCCGGACCUGUGCGUCUGCAUCACGGAGGACAUGCUCCUGUCGCGGACGCUGAACGGACACUCCGGGUUGAUUGUAAAAGAAGUUGGUUCUUCCACCUCCAGCUCGUCAGAAACAGUUGUCAGACUGCGCGGGCAGAGCACUGACUCUCUCCCACAGACUAUCUGUCGGAAACCAAAGACCUCCACGGACCGACACAGCUUGAGCCUGGAUGACAUCAGACUUUACCAGAAAGAUUUCCUGCGCCUGGCAGGUCUGUGUCAGGACACCGCUCAGAGCUACACCUUCGGAUGCGGCCAUGAACUGGAGGAGGAAGGCCUCUAUUGCAACAGCUGCUUGGCUCAGCAGUGUGUCAACAUGCAAGUUGCCUUUCCAGUCAAAAGAACCAGCAAGUACUUUUCUCUGGAUCUCACUCACGAUGAAGUUCCAGAGUUCGUCGUAUGAAGUCCGUCUGCGUGCAGCCGUGUGGGAGCCACUGCUUGCUUCGGGGUGUGAAGGUUGUGGGCUCCUUCCAUACUAUUUGCGCCAUGUUGUCUUCACCCCAAACAUAGCUCUUUCUUUAUAAUACUUGUGGAAACAAAAGCCUUGAGACAAGUGCACUUUAAGUAUUACACAGAAGACAUUUAUAGAAAAUGUACAGCAAAACAAGUGCCCAGAAUUUCAUUAAUGUUUUGGAAAGAGAUGUGCUUUACUGAUCACCAAGCCUGCAGAAAACUAGACGGGUUGUGUUUGCUCAUUUGUUUUUUUUUAGGUCAGUUAAACGUAAUAUCACACUUUUAUCACCUGAAAGAUGCUGUUAGGUUCAUUUGUUUGCUCGUAAAUUUUCACUACUCCCUCAUAAAAUGUUCGUGGUUUGAGGGAGGGAAGAGGGAAGAUUCUCUCUGCUGUUAACGGAGAGGCCAUUGCCACCGGGAGGCUGUCCCAGAGUGAACACUGAUGACAUGGGCAAAGUCCGUGGUUCCAGCGCCAAAGCUGCAUGUGUGACAGGGCAGCUGCUUGGAGGUCCCUGAUGACCAGAAGGCUGCGGCUGCGACGCCUGUGACUCCUCCGUGUCUCAUGCUCCUCCUCCACCUUCCAGAAAGCUCCACGGCUCAGCCGAGUUUCUCUUCCACUGACACAUCAGUUGUGUUCGUGUCAUGAUGCAUUUUGUGGAGUUUACAAAAGCUGUUUCUGUUAAAACUAUGGAAAUAUCUUAGAAUAUGUUUGUGCUUGGUGGUGUUUUGUUUGUUCAGGUUUUUUUUAAAUAAUCAAGAACAAAUUAUAGUAAUGUUAGUUUCUGCUUAACCAAAAUAUCCUAACUAUAUGCAGAUGUUAUACAUAUAUAAAUACAUGGGCUGUGUGUGUUUAUAUGUGUGUAAAGCCUACGAAGUCUUCAUUAUGGCUUCCGUGACUGUCUUGUAGACACAGAAUUUCUCGUUUAAUACGGAGGGUGUGUUACCAAAUGAUCUCUGCAGACAAUCAAUUGCUGUAUGUAAAGAAUGACUGUUUCCUUGUGUGCCUUUGGCCAUGAUUCUCAACCCUGAUUGUAUAACAGAAUUUGGGGGACCUUUUAAAAAAAUAAUGUCUGAGUCCUCCUCCCAGACCAAUUAAAAUGAGUCUCUUGUGGUGGGAGCCGAGGAGAACUGCCUUUGCCUCUGAAGUUCUCCAGGUGGGGCCGAUGUGCAACAGGGUUGAAAAUGACCGAUCCGGAGGGUGUGUUUCUGUUAAUUUUGAAGUAAAAGCAUGCAGAACAUGUGGUGAGAAAGGGCCGUUUUUAAGACAGUUACUUGCUAUGCUGCUGUUGAGACGUGUGUGUAAAGCCAGUGAGCUUGUCAGCCUUUCAAUGUAAAAACAUUGCCGCACUUCAGGAGAAAACUUCACAGCACAAUGUCUUUCUAUGAGAUGUUUUUUAAUGAUUUAGUAUUUUACAACAUUUGUUUACCAUAUUUUGAUAUGCCAUUUUUUCUAUCUGCCAGGUUUUAUUAAAAAUAUAUAUUAUUUUCUAAAGAAACAGUCAUAUUUUUGUACAAAAUUAUUAUGUUUUCAGAUAACCAAGAAAUAGAGUUAGGGUAUAGCAGAACGCAAGCAGUGUUAGCUGAGGAUGGGAGUCAGUAUUAUAGGACUGGGGGGAGCGUGCGCCCGCUGCCCUCCUGUGCUGGGGCGCAGGCCUGUGUGCAGCACGCCUCGCCCAGCUACUUUCUCCUCACACUUUACAGAGGAAAAAAAACAUUGUGUAUAGUUGUACAGUCAUGAAAUUAUUUUGCUUUUAUCAAAUGCUUUAAUAGAACCAAAGUUUCAGAUGUUGGAAUGUAUAAAAGUAUCUCAGUCUCUGUGUAAAAGGAUAAAAGGCAGAGAGGAUCAUUUAGUGGCUGUUUCUCUUGUAAGUCAUUAAAUAAUCCACCAUUUCUUACAGAUGAUGCUGAGACAAGUCUUGGGGAAUUCUGUGCUCUAAUGAGCCCGGAUCACAAUGCAGUGCUUUCCUUCAGCUCUUAGAGUUUCUUCCAAACAUAAAAGAAAAGGCAUAUUUAAGAAAGAAACAUAAAAAACAUAUUUAAUUACUACGAACAGAUAGAGCUUCGUGUUUUCUCUCUACGUGGCCGGUCUUAGGGUUUCGCCAGCUUCGUUGGCGGCUUUGCACACCCUCUUUCUAAUUGGAAUAGUCUUGUGGGUUUUCAAAAAUGAAAUAUGUUAAGGAACAUUGCUUUUCGAUCCACUGUGUCCAGCAGAAUUAUAUAUAUACAUAUAUAUGUAAGUGAAAAUCCACUUUGAAUAAUCUGCAUUUUGUAUUUCAAAAUUGUUUUUAAAAUAAAGAAAGAGAAAAGUCCAAAGCUGUUAUUUCCUCUGCAUUUCUCGCAUGCCCGCUGCUGUCCAGCGCACCAGUCUGGCAGACGCUGCUCUCUGCACCCACAUUGUACUUGCGACAGUGAGCUUUCCAUCUCCCAAGACUGUAAAUAAUCCUUUCUGUGAAAGGAUCGUCAUGUCAGGGUGAUACCAAAAGUGUGUAAAAAAAACAAAAAAAACUGAUUUUGUAAUUAUUUCUUAUAGAUGUUUCAUAGUAAGAUUAGCUGUCAAUAAAGUUACUUUUGUUGCCUUCC